CUGUGCUUAGUCUGUUACUAGUGGUGACAUACUUCUCUCCGUUCUGUUACCAGCUGAGUUACAGUAUAUUGUUGUCUCAUCGCCUCAUAGCUAAGUUUUCGGACUUAUUAUUUCUCUCAUCUCUUACUUCUGAGUACCUGAGUUUGUUACACUCUUUGUCACCACAGCUGAAUUGCUGAGUUGUUCAACGUGGCUGUUAGCUUCUGAAUCUGGGAGUUGCUGAGCUGUUAAGUUACUUCCGAAAUCGAAAUUCAGGGUGAGAAUGGGAGUGGCAAGUGUGGUGGUGAUGGUGUGGGCGUGGCUGCUGAUGGACCUCGCCCUGGCAACACCUUACGGAGCUCACUGGAACCAUCAACCGAGUUACAGCUCCAACUCACAGGGAUGUGCCACGAACGUUCAUCACGUGACCAAGAUCGUGGGCGGCGGCACUGUGACGGAGACAGCCACAGAGACCGUCACUGAGGUCAGCGCCAAGAAAACCAUCACACAGAUUACGACCAAGACCGUAUCUGACGGUACCGUGACUCAGAUUAUCUCGAAAACAGAGACGGAAACUGCGACAGAGACAGAGACAGAGACGCUCCUUUCAGCAGGGACAGAGACGAUCACCAAGACAGUGAGUAAGACCACGACAGCCAUAACACUCACCACUACCACAAAGACCGUCACCAGCACCACCGCCGCUGCCACCGCUACCACCACCGUCACCGAGGCAGGAUACGUCACCGUCACUCGUGAUUGCUUGCUCGACCCUCGCUAUGAAGAAUCAGCACUGUCUCGCUCCUCUCUGGACAAUCGCUCCCAGAAGAACCACAGGACCAGCGGCAGUUCCUCGUCGAAGGGCUGGGCGUGGUCCUCCUAAAUUUGGGAUCCUAAACCUAAGUACUUCUCAUUGGUUCUGGGACAUUCGUCAUAACCUGGAGGUCCUUAUAAAUCUUCCUCGUCACCUGGGCCUCAAUAUUCUCCACCUAGAUCCUUCGUCGUCACCUGAAGGCUCUUAUAUAACGCCUGAACCCUUCGUCGUCAUCUGAAGGCCAUUAUGUAACACCUAGAUCCUUCGUCGUCACCUGAAGGCCCUUAUGUAACGCCUGAACCCUUCGUCGUCAUCUGAAGGCCCUUAUGUAACACCUAGAUCCUUCGUCGUCACCUGAAGGCUCUUAUAUAACGCCUGAACCUUUCGUCGUCAUCUGAAGGCCCUUAUGUAACACCUAGAUCCUUCGUCGUCAUCUGAAGGCCCUUAUGUAACACCUAGAUCCUUCGUCGUCACCUGAAGGCCCUUAU